CAGUGCCGUCCGCUGAGUGCCUCAGCUCCUGAGAGACUGUCUCAGCGCUCAGCCAGCUACCGUGCCGUCCACUGCGCCAGGUGUGCCGAUGGCGCCUCCAUGUGGCUGGGCGGUGCUGGUGCUCUCUGCAUGUGCCGUGAGAUGCUCGCUGGCGGAGACCACAGCGGCGCCGGAGGUCCCGUCCGAGCUGGACGCCGACUCCCAGCAGCACGUGAUGAUCCUUAAGAGGAUCAACAGAGUCAACGACGACGGCUCCUACACCUACGGCUACGAAGCGGCCGAUGGCAGUUUCAAGAUAGAGACCAGAGAUGUGGCGGGAAACGUGAAAGGGGUAUUUGGCUAUUUGGAUGAGACGGGAAAAAUCAAACGCGUGUCUUAUUCCACCAAAAAUGGCACUGAAUAUCAAUCAGGCCUGCUGUUCAGCCCUAAAAGUGAGAUGUCAACCACUGCAUCCGCCUCUCUUACAAACCAACAAAUUUUGAGACCACAAGUAAAUCAGGUUGCCAGUGCAUCAACAACUACAGAAUCGUUUUCAGUGAGAAGGCCAGUUUUUAGGCCAUUUAACCCUAGAUCUACAACGGAAUCAACAACUACCUCCACUAGCAAGAACACGGAUCAAGCAAUUAGGAAAGUUUAUCCUGUAUACAAUCCUUACCAGCUUAUGUCUUCGAGAAAUAAGUCAUUUGACGGUCAAAGCAAUGCAAAGGGUUUACAUAAUCGAACAAUAUUGAAAAAGGAACAAACAAACCCAAUUGUCACUGCCGAAAGUCCAUCACAUACAAUUACCACAAAAAGACCAGUUCAUGCAGUGUAUGGUCAAUAUAUACGCCAACCAUUAACACAGCUGCAUAGAAUGCAAAACCAUAGCCUUGUGAGUGAUUCCGGGUUUAAUUUAACUGAAAAUCACACUAAUUCACAACCAGAACUUUUCAAAGAUUUGAUUCAAGCUUUAGAUCACACUGAUGACUCAGCUCAAAGAUAUCCUUUUCCUUCAAUAUUAUAUGGAAAACAAAAAGCCUCUAAGGAUGUCGACAUCAGUGAAGAAAUUUCAGUGGAAACCGAUGAUUCACGACCUACUGUAGAAAACAUUUUUCUCGGGCAAAAAAGAAGAAACAGCAGUGGGAAUGCUCUAAGGAGACAGUUGGCCGAUGAAAGAGGUGAUUUGAGAUCAUCCUCCUCAUUUACGCCAUCAAGAUCUCAUGUCACCACAACAAAUGACAACAGUGAUGUUUAUGGUGCAUCGAGCCCAGCAAGCAUCCCUCGAUCAAUACCAUCUUUUGCUUUACAUCCCUAUAGUGUGCGGUCUGGUCCUGUUGACAGUGCCGUCCUUCAAAGUCAACACACAGGCACUAAAGAAACAGCUGCAUAUCCUAACAUUGGCUAUGUCCUAGAGGACACUGUACCUAGAACACCCACUGGACAUGACCCUUAUGAUAACUUUAAAGCCAGAGAUUUUAGAAGAGUGUUUGUUCCCCGACAGAAUAACUUUGAUGGUAAUUACCAUUUACAGCAAUACGAUAUGAGAGACAUUCUGGCACAGCUUACUCAAUUAUUGAUUUACCAUCUGCAACAAAAUUAUAACACAAGACUUACACCAGCUCAGAUUGCUCUCAUACAAAUGUUAGGUAUAAAUAUUCCUCCAGGCUUAUUACAAAAUUCUUACUACCCACAAUCUUCAUUUAUACCUAGAAGACAAGAAUACCCUGAGGAAAAUAUCCCCUACAACCCUUUUGAUGAAACAAUGUAUGUCACAAAUGAAGAUCCAAGAUUUUAUGUGAAAAGAAGACCAUUUUACAGAACUCAACCACAGUUUGGGUCUUCUCCAGAACAGCCAUUUCCUUAUGACAACCGCCGUCCAGAUAGGUACGAGCCCAGAGUGCAACCAGGCCUUCAAGUGUUCCUGCCGCGGUACUAUCCCCAGCAACCACUCCCAUACAACAGUCCCGAAGUGCAAUACAGCCAGGGAGGCCGUGCGUCAGGGAGAAGCACGGUGGCCAUGCCUGAGGAGGUUUUCCCUGAAGAGUACAGAGAUGCUGUGUUCUUGAGGAUGCUGCUGGCUGCUAGAGCGCGACACCCCAGUGGCCCACGCACUGUCCAUGUGCGGCCGCAGAGCCCUCAGGAGAGUGCGUCCAGCUCAACCACGGCACGACCCAGGACUCUGGCUCCUGUGCGGAGCGUGCAGAUUCUCGACCCCAUCACAGAGGAGCCCACAGUCAAGAGGUCGACUGACAACAGCACGGCGGCCGCUGUGACACAGCGCUGAUUCCCCUGCUCUGUGCAGGACCCAGGACUCUGGCUCCUGUGCGGAGCGUGCAGAUUCUCGACCCCAUCACAGAGGAGCCCACCGUCAAGAGGUCGACUGAAAACAGCACGGCGGCCGCUGUGACACACCAGUGAUACCCUUACUACGUGCUUUACUUUCUUUGUUAAGAGACCAGUUUGUGUAAAUAUAAUACUAACGUUUGUUACUCUUCUUUAAUGAAUGAAUUUUGUUCUGUGGAAUAUGAUUUGUAAAAUAAACUGUAAAAACAAAACUCUAUUUUUCUAUAAAAAUGUUAUUAGUUAGUGCAGUAUACAUAAUAGAUACUUUUUUUGCAGUUUUAAUGAAGUAAGGAUAGGUGCAUAAAAUAAAACAAUUAAUCCA